AGCACCGGCUCGUCAGUUUGGCUUUAAUUUGUGGAGGAGACGGGCGGGUAAAUUACUGAGUAAAACGGGCGGGUAAAUUACCUUGCCGUGAAAGAAGGUGAAUGCAAACCUCAGCCCGGUGGAACAGAAGUACGUGGCUUUAAUCGGCUUCAAUUUCUGCAGCGAAACCUUGAGAGAUUCAGUCCGGACCUUGUAUUCAGGGGAAUCUGUACCAACCAACCAUGGCUCGUAGCCGCGCGAUGGGGGAAGAUUUCACCUUCGUCAACCCCGUGGUUAAAUAUUUACUAUUUUUGUUUAACCUGCUGUUCUGGACUAUCUCCUUGGUGAUGGUUGCCAUCGGUUUGUACGCCAGGGUCAUGAAGCAUGCUGAGGCGGCCAUGGCGUAUCUUUCUGUGGACCCUGCCAUUCUCCUGAUCGUGGUGGGCGCUCUGAUGUUCCUGAUCACGUUCUGUGGGUGCAUCGGAUCACUACGGGAGAAUAUCUGCCUCCUGCAAACGUUCUCUAUCUGCCUGACGCUGGUAUUUUUGCUGCAGCUGGCCGCUGGGGUUCUGGGCUUCAUCUUUUCAGAUCAGGCCCGUUCAAAAGUCAGUGAGAUCAUUGAUAACGCAAUAAUCCAUUACCGCGAUGACCUGGAUCUCCAGAACCUCAUUGACUACGGACAGAAGCAGUUCAGCUGCUGUGGGGGCAUUUCGUACAAGGACUGGAGCCACAACAUGUACUUUAAUUGCACCCUGGAGAACCCGAGCCGGGAGCGCUGCUCUGUACCCUAUUCCUGCUGUCUGCGCUCCGAGGAGAAGGUGAUCAAUACCAUGUGUGGACAGGGCAUGCAGGACCUGGAGUACCUGGCAGCAGAGGAAUUUAUCUACACCAAUGGGUGUAUCGACAAGCUGGUCAACUGGAUCCAUAGCAACCUCUUCCUGUUGGGAGGGGUGGCCCUGGGCCUUGCCAUCCCACAGCUGGUGGGAAUUCUCCUCUCCCAGAUCCUCAUCAAUCAGAUCAAAGAUCAGAUUGAGCUCCAGAAGUACAACAGCCAGCACAGAGCGGACCCAUGGUACUGAGCACACCUCCUCCGUCCCCUCAGAGUGGAGAGAGUUUGCUGGCCCCGAGCGGCCCUUCGUUUGGAUGAAUAUAAUUGCUCAGACAAGACUGCGGUCCAUCGGGAUCGACGGAUUGCCGCUCUGUUCUCAGUGGGUUCCAUGUGUUUUGUCCACUGGACGUGCAGAUGCUUUGCACUCGGUUUUAAAUGGAUCGUCCCAUCCCAUCCCAUCCCAUCCUGCAAUAUCACUGUGAGAUAAACCUGCCUGUUUUGCAAUACAUGGUGUUCUGUGCUGGUGUCUCUCUGCUCCGAGUAUGAAGCGCGGCGUCCCAUCUAACUGCGAUACAGUCGUAAUUCUCUUCUCGUUCAGUUCUUGGUGAACUUUCAUCUGUUACAGUUGGGUUUAUCAGUGCCCAUUGCUUGUUGCAGUCAGUCAUCUGUUCCUAUUAACCUGUUCAUUAGUGUUGCUCUCUUCUACUGUCCUGUUGGUGGAUGGGAACAGUGGCGGAAUUCCCAGCCAUGGUAGUGUAGCAGUUAGUGCAACGCUAUUACAGCUAGUGGUGUUGAAUUUCAGAGUUCAAUCCCAGCAUCCUCUAUAAGGAGUUUGUACGUCCCCCCUGCGGAACGCAUGGGUGCCCCGGUUUCCGCCCACAGUCCAAAGAUUAAUGAUCAUUGAAGAUUGUCCGGUGAUUGGGUUCGGGUUAAAUCAGGGUUGUCAGGACUACUGGGCAGUGAGGCUCAGAGGUUUGGGAGGGCCUGUUCUGCAAUGUAUUUCUAGGUAAGUAAAAUCUACCCAUCAAAGACACAAAUUAUCUGCAGGUGCUGGAGGAACUCAGCUAGUCAUCAGCAUCUGUGAAGGGAAACGAGCCGUCAAUGUUUCGGGCUUCGUCAGGAUGUAUGAUGAAAGGUCUUGGGCCAAAAUGUUUACUGAUUAUAUCGCUCCAUAGUUGCUGCCUAACUUGCAGACUUGCUCCAGCAUUUUCUCUGUCUGUGUGUUGUCGCUCAAGAGCUACCGAUCAAAGGUGGUUUGGUUCAAGGCCAUUGUGCUUCCUGGCCAUCCUCCAACUGUAGAGAGGAAAGUACUUCGUGAGAUACAGUUGAUGCAUUGAAGAGUCUUGUUAAUAUGUAUGUGCACAUGUUGGGAUAUAAUCUUAAUGUCUAAUGUAAAUUUUUUGGUAAAUGAUAUUUUUUGUCUUUUAAUAAAAAUAACAUU